AUGGGAAGUAGAUCAGUUCAUAGAAAAGUAUUACUAGAAACUCUUGCUAAUGAACUCCCAGAAAACACCAUCAAGUUCUCCAUCAACAUCACUUCAAUCAAAAGCCAAGGACAAGAUAUCACAGUAUUACAUUUGGAGGAUGGAAGUGUCAUUAGAACCAAAGCAUUGAUCGGUUGUGACGGAGUGCAUUCGGUGGUGGCGCAGUGGCUCGGGCUCACAGCACCGGUUGACACCGGCCGGUCAGCUGUCCGUGGUUUAGCCGUGUUCUCUGGUGGUCAUGGUUUCAAGCAUGAAGUUCAGCAAUUCAUUGGAGAUGGUGUUAGAGCUGCUUUCUUAGCUAUGAAUGAGACUGAUGUUUUUUGGGGCAUUACCACCAGUCUUACUGCCAGAGAUGAAAAGAUGGCAAGAAAGCCAGAGCUAAUCUCGAAGGAAGUAACAGAGCACUUAGCCAAAGACUGUCCCGCAGAGUACCUUAACGUGGUCCAGCACUCAGAGCUCUCAACGGUAACAUGGGCGCCGCUUAUGUUCCGUGUCCCUUGGGACGUGCUGUUUGGCAGGACGCACUGCGGUGCUGUCACGGUGGCCGGUGAUGCAUUCCACCCAAUGACGCCGGACCUUGGACAAGGUGGCUGCGCCGCCCUCGAGGACGCGGUGGUGCUCGCACGUUGCUUGGCGAACUCGCGGCACAGCAUGGCUAGUGGCAUGGAGAUGUACGUGAAGGAGAGGAGGUGGAGGGUGGCAGGGUUGAUCACCGGUGCGUUCCUUUCAGGGUGGGUGCAACAAGGUUGGAGUGGAUGGAGUGGGUGGAUGGUGAAGCUGUUUAGAGACCAUUUGUUCUACCGGUUUGUUUGGCCGAGGAUUGUCAAUGUUGUUCAUUAUGAUUGUGGGGUUUUGCCGGAGAAGGAGAAGACUUCUUGAAUUUGAUGAUGGAGAUCUCUUU